GCAUUCUUCUACACCCCAAGCGAGCUCUGUGGACCUGGUGGCAUGCAUUGCGAAAUGAUCCGCAGUCAUCUGCACUGGUAUGGCAAUUAUGAGCGGUGGGACACAGUGCUCAUCCAGGUUGGUUCUGAUGACGAUAUCAUGGGAGGGUUGUUGGUCGGCCGCGUGCUCGCCUUCAUCUCUUUCUCUCAUAACGAAAUCACCUAUCCGGGUGCACUUGUUGAAUGGUUCUUCCCUGUUGGUGCCGAGCCCGACUCUGUGACUGGUAUGUGGGUUGUCAAACCAAGAUUGCUUGACGGCGAAUGA